UAUUUCGUUUGAGACACCGCUAGGUGUGGUCUCCGUCCAAAAACAACACUCUUCCGUGUUCUCAGUAGUACAAUAUCGGCGCAACAGGAGACGUCGUCGACUGUGCGCGCAGGGACGAGCUCCAUUGACGUUUAGGACUACAUUUCUUUCAAUACCAUUUACCUUUUUUUAACAGAAUUGCAAUCAUAAACGGGACUGGAAAUUAGUAUGUACGGCUCUCAAAGUAGACUUCCGACCAUGAUUCGGAGGACUAAUUCUCGACCAGACCUGACGAGCGGCAGUUUCACCAUUCCCAGGAAUGACGGCAGCCAGGUCUUCGUCGGUGGAAACAGCUAUCAACAGGAAUAUGGAGAUGGAUACACCUAUUCACAAACUUACUCCAAAUCUUCCUUGGGAGGAGGUGGAGGUGGAGGUGGUGGAGGUGGAGGAGCCUACGGAGGGGAUGGUGGAGGGGGCGGUGGUGGGGGAGGCGGAGGCGGCUACGGAGGGGGAGCAAGUGUGCAGAGCAUCCAAAAGAAAGCUUUCUUCCUGCAAUGCCAGUGUCAGGAGUACCUGCAGAGAGUACAGCAGAUUCUCCAGGCACGUGGUCCAGCGGUGGAGGUGGACAAGCUGAUCACUAUGUCCUCUGAGACUAUAGAGAAACUGAAUGAAUGUGCCAUAGAGCUGCAGCAAAUGAGACAACCCAACGACAACAUCAUCAGGAGCGUACAGCAGCUCCAAAGCAUGCAGAGUGGGAUCAUCUCCUCCAUCAGUGGGACAAUCCAGAGACAGACCAGAGGAAGCAUUGGCUGGGAGGAGAGAGGGAGGACCUAUGCUGAUGCCAUGUCCUGGAUUGGCCAACAGAAGCGUCUGAUCGAGACGUCUCCGUGGGGUGAGGACGCGGCCACCAUCGAGCAGCAGAUCCUCAGCCAGAACAAGUUCCACAGCUCUAUACAGAGGAGCCAUGAGGUGGAUCUCGCCAGGGAUGAACUGGCCCAAAAGGAUGACAAGGGCGGCCUCCAUUCCCUGCAGCAAGAAUGGGACAGUCUGCAGAAAAUGUCAUUUGCUCGUACGGGCCAGCUGCGAGAGCUGCAGAACAUCAUCGACGAGAUCUCCAGGGCCAUCAUGUGGGUCAACGAGAGAGAGGAGGAGGAGCUGGUGUUCAACUGGGGAGACAAGAACAUCGACGUCUACAUCCCCAAGAAACAGGAGAGCUACUCCAAACUGAUGAGUGCCCUGGAGGAGAAAGAGAAGGAGCUGAACAAACUGAAGCAGAAAGUGGAUGGUCUCCUGAAGAACAAUCACCCAGCUUCAGACAAGAUAGAGGCCUAUAUGGAUACUCUGCAAACCCAGUGGAGCUGGCUGCUCCAGAUCACCAAGUGUAUUCAUGUCCACCUGAAGGAGAACGCUGCCUACAGCCAGUUCUUUAAGGAGGCCAAUGAGACCUACAGCAAGCUGCAAAAGGACCAUGAGAUCAUCCGUAAGAAGUUUACCUGUGAUAAAGGAACACCUCUGGAGAACCUCACUGAGCUCCUGAAGAACCUCGAGAGAGAGAAGGAGAGGGUCAUGGAGAAUAAGAGGCAGGUGAAGCACCUGGUGAAUAAGUCCAAGAGCAUCGUGAGGCUGAGACCACGUAAUCCUGAAGAGAAGAGCAGCACAGCUGUUAUAGUACAGGCCCUGUGUGACUUCAAACAGGACCAGAAAGGGAUCUUAAAGGGGGACGAGGGCAUCCUGAAGGACAACUCCCAGCGCAGUAAGUGGCACGUGACGGGUCCUGGAGGUCUGGACAUGCUGAUCCCAUCUGUGUGCCUCCUCAUCCCCCCACCCAACCCCCUAAGCAUCGGCCUGGCCAACAAGAAUGAACAGUACUAUGAGGCUAUCAUGGGCAUCUGGAAUCAACUCUACAUCAACAUCAAGAGCCUCAUCUCCUGGCAGUACUGUGUCAAAGACAUCAACCAUAUCAACUCCCUCACCCUCACCAUGCUGUCCCAGAUGCGUCCUGAGGAGUACCGUAGCAUCAUUAAGAGUCUGGAGACUCACUACCAGGAGUUCCUCCGCAACAGCCACGGCUCCGAGAUGUUUGAAGAGGAUGAGAAGAAGAAGAUGGAGGGCCAGUAUUCUGGAGCCCAGAGCCACUACGACACACUGGUCAUAGGGCUGCCUACAUACAAUCAAUCCAACGUGGUGGUGGUCCAGCCUGAGCCGCCCAUCAAAGCUAACACUACCAAGAUCACCAAUACCUCGCUGACUGAUACCAGCAUCUCCACCCAGGGCUCUAACAUGAGCCUGACCCUGCUCAGUGACUUCCAAGCCCUCAGACGCAGGCUGGAGCUGGCUGAAUCAGGCCUCAGCCACCACCUCCAUGUUUCCCUGGGGGAGAACAGUGUGCAGGAGUGCUCACAGCACCUCCUGAAGCUGGAGGGCAUUCACAAUGACCUGGAUGGUGUGCGUGAUGAGUACCUGAGGCUGAGGGAGAGGGUGGUGAAGCAGCUGGAGGGGACGGCAGCAGACUCGGAGCAGGCCAAGUUCCUCAGGAAAGAGCUGGAUCUCCUCAACCAGAAACUGGGAGAUCUGCAGGGGCUGUCCUCUGCCUACCUCCAGAGACUGUCAUAUCUGCAGAACUUGCUACAGAGCCUCAUCCAGGCUGAGGAUGUCAUCAAGGUCCACGAGGCCCGUCUGACUGAGAAGGAGACCACUUCCCUGGAUCUCAACGAGUUGGAGCGCUACAGGGCUACACUCAAGCAAAUGAAGUCUGACCUGGAACAUAAGAGAGACCUUCUGAAGGCCAUUGAGAGUGACCUGGCCAAUGCCGUCCACGUGAACAGUCAGAUCUCAGCUUCCUUACACAAGUGUGAUGUGGACCUGUCCAAGUACGCUGAGCUGGUGACCCAGAUGUCUGACCGCUGGAGACGCAUCCAGACCCAGAUCGACAGCAGAGUGUGGGACCUGGAGAAGCAGGAGAAACAGCUGAGACAUUUCCAGCAGAGCAGCGGAGUGGUUGACCAGUGGAUAGACAACGCUAGACAGCGCCAGGACACCCUGCAGACAGCCAAGUUCAGCAACAGCCAGGCUGUCAUGGAGCACCUCAACCAACAGAAGGUGCUGCACAGUGAGAUCAAAGGGAAGAAGGAGAAGGUGGAAGAUGUACAGAAGGAUGCGGACACCUGCGUUGCCUCCAUCAAGGACUAUGAGCUGCAGCUGGCCUCCUACAGUGCAGGACUGGAGACCCUGUUGAACAUACCUAUCAAGAGAACCAUGCUCCAGUCCCCUGCCACUGUGGUCAGACAGGAGGGUUCUGACCUCCAGUCUCGCUACAUUGAGCUCCUGACCCGCUCCAGUGACUAUUACAAGUUCCUGGGAGAGACGCUCAAGAACAUGGAGGAACUGAAGAUUAGGAACACCAAGAUUGAGAUGCUGGAGGAGGAGCUCCGUCGUCUAAAGGAGAACAUUGGGGACCACAGCCAGAAGAACCGUUCCUUAGAGGACGCCCUGUCUCGGUACAAGCUGGAGCUCUCACAGUCUAAAGAACAACUCAUCUCCAUGGAGGAGGUGAAGAGGACCACAGCUGUGCAGGUCAGCGUGGCCAGGGAGAGCCUGGACAACACCAGCAGCCAGUUGACUGAGCUCAACGACAAGUUGACCCGUCUCACCUACCAGCUGGACGAGGAGAAGAGGAAGAAGAGGCUGGCCGAGGAGCGCUACACAAGCCAGCAGGAAGAGUACGAGGCGGCCGUGCGCCGGCGCCAGAAGGAGCUGGACGAGCUCAACUGGUCCAAGAUCGACUUGGAGAAGGCAGUGAAGGACAAGGAGCGCGAGCUGGACAGGCUGAGGAUGCAGCUGGAAGAGGAGGCCACGAGGAGGCGUGGGGCGGAGCAGGAAAUCUCUAAGGUAAGAACCCAGUGCAACCAGGAGAUGAGUAACCUUAAGCAAACCUAUGAGUCAGAGAUCCACGUCACCAAGACCACCAUCCUCAAGGCUUCUCAGCAGAAACAGGAGGACACGGCUGAGCUCAAACUGCAGUGUGAGGGACUAGAAUCGGAUAAAAGGGAUCUUGAAGAGGAGUUGAGGAGGUUGAGACUGUCUGUGACUCAGACUGAGGCGAUGAGGAGGAAGGCAGAAGAUGAGGUCCAUCAGCAGAGGUCUACAGGGACGGAGGAGUCGAGGAGGAGGAGAGAGCUGGAGAUACAGCUCCAGACUGUGGUCACCCAGAGAGGAGAGGAGGAGCUGAGGCAGAAGGAGGCGCUGGCCGAGGCCACCAGUAGCAGCCAGGAGAAGAGCAGGCAGAUCAGACUUCUGACACACAACCUGGAGGAGGAGGGCAAGAAGAGAAGUGCCCUGGAGAUUGAGCUCACCAAGCUCAGGCAGUCCUACACUGAGCUGCAGACCAGUAAUGCCACCUCUCGGGAGGUCAUCAACAAGCUCAAGAUCUCAGAGCAGGAGAUCCACCUCGUCCGAGUGGAGCUGGAAAAGCAGACCAACGAGAGGACCAAGGCUGAGACAACUGCCACCAGGCUGCAGAGCCGCAUCAGGGACCUGCAGGCUAUGGUGGAUGGUCUGGAAGCGGAGAUGGAGAAGCAGAAGAGAACCACCCAGGAUGAGUUCACCCGCAGGAAGAGGAUUGAGUCUGAGCUGGAGAAGAUGACCCAGAGCUGCAGAGAACACACCACCUCCCUCAACACCUUCAGGGCCAAGCAGGAAGAGGUGUCCACCUCAGGGAGGAAGUACGAACAGGAUCUCAGGGCUCUCCAGGAGGCUCUGGACAAGAGCCUGCGGGAGCACAAAGCCACCACGGAGAACCUGGGGCAGGCAUCUGCAGAGUUAAAGGCUCUCCAACAGCAGCUCUUCCAAGAGCAGGGGAAGGUCCGUGAAGUCAAUCUCCGCAACGAGAGCCUCUACAAAACCAUAGAGGAGAAGAGUCGGCUGCUCAAUGAUGCCACCACAGAGAUCGAGAAACUUCAGAGCCUUACUCAGAAUCUGACCAAGGAGAGGCUGAGGCUUGAGGAGGAACUGAGAGGAGUGAAGCAGGAGAAAGAGCAACUAAAACUUAACAGAAAUAGUGUGGAUGGAGAGAGCCAAGCCCAGAUCUCAUCCCUGCAUGUCCAGCUCCAGAGCAGCAGCAAGAUGACACUGGAACUCCAAGCCCUCAUCAAGGACCUGACCAAGGAGAGGGAAAAGCUAAAGUCGGAUUUGGACAAAGUCCAAAAGCAAUCCAUAGAGACCUCCAUGAUUGUGCAGAAGUCUCAGACCCACUACACUGAAAUCCUGUCUGAGAGGGACGCCCUUCUGAUCAAGUUGAAGCAGCUGGAACAGGACAAGACCCACCAGGGUCACUAUAAAGAGGAACUGAAUCGCAUCAAGGUCUCCUUGGAGACUGAGCUGCGCAACAAACAGCGUCUCCAGGAAGAACGAGACAAGAUGCAAAAGGACUUCACCUACUGGAAGAGCCAGUACGAACUGAAGGAGAGCCAGAUGAGGCAGAGCGACUCGGACAAGGACAAGAUGGAGAGGGAGAGACUCUCCCUGAAGAGCGAGAUGGAGCGUAUGAUAGUGGAGCUGAGGACCGUGGAGGAGAGGUAUAAGGGCAGGCUGCAGAGCUCAGAGAGGGAGGUGUCAGACCUGGCCCUGAAGAGAGACGCCCUGGAGAGGGAGUUGAGGAGGCGUCAGCAGAGACCUGACUCCAUGAGCAUCCAGACCCAGACAGACGAGAAGGUGGUCACCGUGGACCCGUCUAAACUGGUGUUCGAUGGGGUUCGCCGUAAGGUCACCGCCCACCAGUUGUGUGACUGUGGCAUUAUCAGCAAGGCCACCCUGGAGCAGCUGCUGAAGGGAAAGAGGACCGUGGAGGAUGUGGCCGUCGACAUCCAGCUUAGCCUCAAGGGAACAGGCGUCAUUGCAGGCAUGAUCAGAGGACCCCAGGGCAGGAUGUCCAUCACUGAAGCCAAGACCAAGAACCUUCUGAGCCAAGAGAGUGCCCUAAUGCUACUGGAGGCCCAAGCUGCCACCGGCCACAUCAUGGACCCCAAGUUUAACGAGAAGAUGUCUGUUGAUGCUGCCUCCUCCAGAGGAGUGGUGGACACAGACGAUAGAGACGCCCUCAUGACAGCUGAAGCAGCCAGUGCAGGCUUCAAAGAUCCAUACACCGGGAAGCUGCUGUCCAUUGGACAGGCUCUGAAGCUGAAACGUCUGGACAAGGAGACAGCCCUCCGGUUGCUACAGGCCCAAGAGUCUGUUGGAGGAAUCCUGGACCCAGUUCUGAGUGUGUUCCUGCCCAAAGACCUUGCCCUUGACCGCAAUCUGAUUGAUGAAGACCUCUACAGGGCUCUGAACAAGAAGCCAGCCUGCUAUCUGGACCCAGUCACUGAGAAGAAGAUCAGCUACAGUGACCUAAUGUUGAAGUGUAGGAUUGAGCCCGCCUCUGGCAUGCUGCUCCUCUCAGCCCCGGAAAAGCCCAUGACCGUGCAGGGCCUCAGGGGAGAGGUGUCCGUCACAGAGCUGAUCAAAUCCAACUUGCUGUCUGAGACAGAUGUACAGAAGCUGAACCAGGGCAAGCUCAGCAGCAAGGACAUCGAAGACAAGCUCAAGAACUACCUGCAUGGUUCUAACUGCAUCGCAGGGAUCUAUGAUGAAGCCAACAACAGGACAAUGACCAUCUACCAGGCCAUGAAGGCUGGUCUGCUCAGACAAGGAACCACCCUGGAGCUUCUGGAAGCCCAGGCUGCCUCUGGCUUCAUGAUCGACCCUGUCAACAAUGUCUGCCUGACUGUGGAUGAGGCCUCGAAGAGAGGCCUUGUGGGCAAAGAGUUCAAGGACAAGCUGAUGUCUGCAGAGAGGGCCGUCACUGGAUACAAAGACCCACACACUGGCAAGACCAUCUCCCUCUUCCAAGCCAUCGAGAAGGAUCUGAUUGAGAAGGGCCAUGGGAUCAGACUGCUUGAGGCUCAGAUAGCCAGCGGUGGCAUCAUCGACCCCAAGGAGAGCCACCGUAUCGAUGUAGACAUCGCCUACAAGAGGGGCUACUUCGACGAGGAGAUGAAUGAGAUCCUGACCUAUGAAGGAGAUGACACCAAGGGCUUCUUUGACCCCAACACCCAAGAGAACCUGACAUACCUGCAGCUGAAGGAGAGGUGCAUCACAGACCCCAAGACUGGCCUGGUUCUCCUACCCCUGAGAGACAAGACCAAGCCCCAGCAGACGGUUCAGCAGAGCAGCCAGAAUACCAUCCUCCGUAAGAGGAGGGUAGUGAUCGUGGACCCUGACACUGGAAUAGAGAUGACCGUGAGGGAAGCCUACCAUAAGGAGCUCAUUGACUAUGACACCUUCCUAAGUCUUUCAGAGCAAGAGUGUGAAUGGGAGGAGAUCACCAUCACAGCUUCUGAUGGUUCAGCCCGUCUGGUGGUGGUGGACAGGAAGACAGGCACCCAGUAUGACAUCCAGGACUCCCUGGACCGUGGCAUCAUUGACCAGACCUCUCUGGAGCAGUACCGAUCAGGAACCCUGACUCUCCCUCAGUUCGCUGACCUCAUCACCAGCAAUAGCAACCUCAGCGAGUUGACAAUGACCACCAGAAACAUGGAGGACGUGGCCACCUGCAGCAGCCCCCCCCAGGCCCGUCCCUCUUCCCCCACCAUCCGCAAGCGCUUCAAUAACAUCUCCAUCAUCUUCUCCCCGCCAGAGGAGUUUGACGAAGGGAGCCCUGUUGCGGCCAUCUUUGACACUGAGACGAUGGAAAAGAUCACCAUUCCGGAGGCUCUACGGAGAGGCUUAGUGGACGCCAUUACAGCUCAGAGGUUGCUGGAGGCCCAGGCGUGUACUGGAGGCAUCAUCAACCCCACCAAUGGUCAGAGGCUCAACCUGCAAGAUGCUGUGCACCAAAGCAUCAUUGACAAUGACAUGGCCACCAAGCUGAAGCCAGCCCAGAAGGCCUUCAUGGGCUUCGAGGACAUGAAGACCAAGAGGAAGAUGUCUGCGGCCGAGGCCAUGAAGGAGAAAUGGCUGCCUUAUGAGGCCGGACAGAGAUUCCUGGAGUUCCAAUACCUGACAGGAGGUCUGCUGGAGCCCGGUACGGGCCAGAAGACCUCUAUCGAGGAGGCCAUCCGACGAGGCUGGCUGGACGGUCGUGGAGCCCAGAAGCUACAGGACACGCGGAGCCACACCAAGAACCUGACCUGCCCCAAAACCAAGCUGAAGAUCUCCUACAAGGAGGCCAUGGACAGCUGCAUGGUGGAGGAAGGCAAAGGCAUGAAGAUGCUCCAGGCCUCCUCCAUAUCCACCAAGGGCAUUAGUAGCCCCUACAACGUGUCCAACCCAGGCUCCCGUUCGGGCUCCAGGACUGGCUCUCGUACAGGGUCUAGGAGUGGCUCUCGCAGGGGCAGUGUGGAUUACUCCUCCAGUUACAGCUCCUUCACAACUUCUUCCUCCACCACCUUUAGCUCCAACUGACAGUUCUAUUAUUAAAACACACUUACAGAGAAAAGAGGGUGUGGAGUAGAUUGGAGUAGACUGUGCCUAUGUGAUGUGGCACAUUUGUUAUGGUUAUGGAAGAUGGAAAGUGGGUUAGGUGGGGUUAGCAUUUGUGAUGUGGUAUAUUUUUCAUUAAUUGUGUUUAGUUGGUGUUUUGUGCUGUCAACGAAAUCUGGUUGGUGGUAUAAAGGCUGGGUAUAUUGAGAAAUAUGUUAGAAUGUUUUGUUAGGAUUCAUUAUGGAUCUAUGUCAAUGUUUAGAUUUGUUUAAACUUGGGUGAAAAGGAAUUUAGUGUUGAAAUAUAUAACAUUUUGCCCAAAAAAAGAAACUGCUUUUAAAUUGUACUUAGCUUUGUUUUUAUGUAGACACAUGGUUGUUGUUUAAUUUGAAUGGGAGGGAAUCAAUUAGUGUUUCAAAGAUCCUUUGCUCACAGAUCUACAACAGGGGAAGGCAACUAGAUUAAGACACGGGACCAUUUUUGUCGGAGCGAAUGGCCUUGUCUUGGAAAAUAAUAAGAAUCAUUUGUACACUUCAAAUUGACCACAACUAAGCCCCAAAAUAGAUUAUAUUUGAAAAUAACAUAGAUACACAAUCACUUUUUAAAAACAUUCUUUGUGGGAAUACUUGUGAAAAUAUUUCGUAAAUUAAACAAAUUUUUAGCUGAAUGGCUGGUGAUUUUAGUAUUUUUGACCAAAAACUAACUCUACUUGAUAAUGGCAUAUAUUUUACAACACAAUGUGCUGAAUUGUAAAACAAGUAAUAAACCAUUAUGAAUGAAAUAAUGUUGUAUUCCAAAGGAUUGAAAAAUAAAAGUUUAUUAUUCCCAACAGA